UGAAGACAGCAGCCUAUCUCUGUUUUUCAAACAUAUUAGAAAGAACAGAAUAACACUGUGAUAGAACAUUUAGACUCUAAUUUAGCUCAGCAUGAAAGCAUUUGGCAUCUUCAUCUGGGUGUUCAUCACCCUGCUGCUUUUGCUGCUGCUGGAGAGUUCAUCAUGUGCUGGUGACUCAAGUGUUGUGAAUCCCUGUUGCUACUACCCUUGUCAACAUGCAGGAGUGUGCGUGCGAUUUGGUACAGACAGUUUCAAAUGUGACUGCACUCGCACUGGCUUUUAUGGAGACAACUGCACUAUUCCGGAGUUUUGGACCAGAAUUCGACUCAUGCUGAAGCCCAGUCCUUCCGUGACUCACUUCAUCCUUACUCACUUCCCGUGGUUUUGGAGCCUGAUAAACAACUCUUUCCUACGUGACACCUUCAUGAGAUUAGUGUUGACAGCCAGGAGUGACCUUAUUCCAAGCCCUCCCACCUACAAUACCAAAUAUGGAUACAUUAACUGGGAGUCCUACUCUAAUAUCUCCUACUACACUCGGAUCCUUCCUCCUAUACCUGAAGACUGUCCUUUGCCCAUGGGUGCUAAAGGUAAACCUGUUCUUCCUGAUGCCAAAGUCUUGGUUGAGAGGUUUUUCAAGAGACAGAAGUUUAGGCCAGAUCCUCAGGGAACCAAUUUGAUGUUUGCCUUUAUGGCUCAACACUUCACGCACCAGUUCUUCAAGACAGACCAUAAAGUUCAGGGGGGCUUCACCAAGGGUUUGGGGCAUGGUGUAGACGCAAGCAACAUCUAUGGAGAAGAUCUCAUGAGACAACAUCAACUUCGGCUUCAUAAAGAUGGAAAGCUGAAGUAUCAGCUGGUAAAUGGUGAGGUGUACCCUCCUACAGUGUCUGAGGUCCCAGUACACAUGGUGUAUCCUGAAAACAUCCCAGCAGACAAGCGUCUGGCCAUCGGUCAGGAGGUAUUUGGCAUCCUGCCGGGUCUAACCAUGUAUGCCACCAUAUGGCUGCGGGAACAUAACAGAGUCUGUGACAUCCUAAAGGCAGAACAUCCCACCUGGGAUGAUGAGCAGCUUUUCCAGACAGCCAGACUCAUCAUUAUUGGUGAGAUCAUCAACAUUAUAAUAGAAGAGUAUGUGCAGCACCUGAGUGGCUACAUGCUGGACUUGAAGUUUGAUCCGUCCCUGCUCUUCAAUACACGUUUCCAGUACAGCAAUCGAAUCGCCCUGGAGUUCUGCCACCUCUACCACUGGCACCCUCUGAUGCCCGACAGCAUUGUCAUAGAGGGAGAGGAAAUACCAUACUCUCAGUUUUUAUACAACACAUCCCUCCUGAUGCAUUACGGGGUGGAAAGGCUGGUGGACGCAUUCUCUCGACAGAUUGCAGGACAGAUAGGAGGAGGUCACAACUCUCAUCAAGUGGUGCUUAAGGUUGCAGAAAUGGUCAUCAGAGAAUCCAGAGCUACACGUGUGCAGCCUUUCAAUGAAUAUAGGAAGAGGUUUAACCUGAAGCCUUACACAUCCUUUGAUGAAUUAACUGACAACACUGAAAUAGCCCGAGGUUUAGAAGAGCUCUACGGUGACAUAGACGCCCUGGAGUUUUACCCAGGCAUAAUGCUAGAGAAAACCCGUGCUAAUGCCAUUUUUGGAGAGAGCAUGGUGGAGAUGGGUGCUCCCUUUUCACUGAAAGGCCUGCUUGGAAACCCAAUCUGCUCGCCUCAAUACUGGAAGCCCAGCACCUUUGGAGGAGAAACCGGCUUUAAUAUCGUCAAGACGGCCACUCUGAAAAAACUGGUGUGUCUCAACAGCAAAUGGUGUCCAUAUGUGGACUUCCAUGUGCCGCGCAAUGAGGACGAGGCAAAACCGAGGAAACCAUCCACUGAACUUUGAAUUCCGACCUGAAUUAUUAUCCUAUUCAGACAGAGUUUUUUGGCUUUUACUGAGAAAGGAUGAUUUUAAUACACAGUAGGUGUAACCCUGCCAGCAGUGAGUGAUGUGCCAAAAAUUUCGGAAGGUCUACCUCAUAGAAAUAAAGAUGACAAACCAUCGAAUCAGAUCUGGUAACCCAUAUAUUACUUGAUACUCAGCACCACAGUUCCUCUAAACCUUGAUUUCUUUUUUUUUACAUGCUUUAAUUUGCAGGCUUUUGAAUAAGAUUAUAUUUUUUAAAUUUUAAAAAGAAGGAAAACUUGUUUAUUUUUAAAGUGCAAAAAAUAAAUGUGAGCGACACCAAAGAUUGAUGUGUUAUUUUUGAUCAA